GUACAUACAACUGCCAAAAAGAAAAUAAUAAUAAUAAAUUCUUCAAUGGUUCCUGAGUACCAGGCAUGAAAAUCAUUUUUUUCUUUUUAAAAAAGCCAAAAAUGAAAGAAGUUCAGUUUAUUAUUUUUUCUUGAUCAUUAACAAAGUAUGCUAUAUGAAGCCCAAUUCUUACUAUAAACACGAUGGUUAUGGCUCUCCCGAAAAAUUUGAUCCACCACUUUGGAAACAAAGAAGAAAUUUCAUAGAAGACAUUCUUCGACGAUUCGAAGUCGAAAGUGUUUUGGAUUAUGGAUGUGGUGAAGCGGCAGUACUUUCAUUUUUGAUAACCCCGAAUGAAAGAAGAAUCACCCAUUUGGCAGGCAUCGAUAUUGACAAUGAAGCUCUGCAAAGUGCUAUUGAAAAUUGUCAGCCUUGGGAAGAUGACUAUAAGAAUUUACGACUUCUUUCAUUAACCGUUGAUAUUUAUAAAGGUUCUAUUGAUAUCCCGGAUGAUCGGUUUAAAGGAUUUGAAGCUAUCAUUUGUACUGAAGUAAUAGAGCAUGUCUCUCCGGAUGUGUUAAACAACUUUUUCAAAUUGACAUUGGAUAUCUAUAAGCCGAAAAUAUUGAUUGUUACUACACCUAAUGCUGAAUAUAACGUCUAUUUUCCGGAGUUGCAUUAUGGAACAGCAGGGGCUAUCUUUCGUCACGAUGAUCAUAAGUUCGAAUGGACACGACAGGAAUUUCGAGACUGGUGUGACAUGGGGGCAAAGAAAUAUGGAUAUGAAGUAGAAUAUCAUGGAAUUGGGUUAUUACAGGGAAAGGAAAAUGAGUUACAAAAUGGACACUGUACCCAAGCAUGUGUAUUCAUCAAUCUCAACCAUGACAAAUCAAACAGCAUAGUUGUUGAGCAUGGGCAACCGCAUCGAUUGUUGAAGCAUUUUGACUUUCCGUAUUACAAUGAACCACAACUGUCGAGGGAUAAAGUGAAAGAGGAAGUCGAGCAUUAUAUUGAGGUGUUGUGUCGAGCCGAACUUCAAUUGAGAAAGGAGAGAGAGAAGCUAAGGAAAAGUGGUCCCUCUUUAACUGCAGGCAAGAAUGAGUUAGACAUGAUUUCCUUCGACGAGCCGAUCAACUGGGUCACUUUCAAUAUAGCCAACUAUAUCCCAAACGCAUUUGAUACUACAGCCCCUACACAAUCAAAAAAGUCAGAAGACGCUCUUGAACAUACGUCCAGACCUAUAAUUAUUCCUAUAUCCGAUCUUUGGGAUAUUUUACGCAUCAAACAAAUCUGUCAGACUAAAGCAUGCUUAACACAGUUAUUAACGGAGGAAUUACACAGUACUACAGGCUUUAAGGUAGAAAAGGACAACUUAGUAAUUUAUAAAGCUUUUGAUUAGAAUGAUUUCUAAGAAUUAUGAAACGAGCAUGACGCUUACAAUGGAGAAUAUCACUUAUUAGUAUUCUCAUAAUGACCAUUAUUCUAUCGAUGUAUUAGAAUUGUAAUUCUUAG